AUGCCCUAUGAGCCCCUUCCCUCACUCUUCCCGAUCACUCUCGAGGAGGCGGAGGAGGAGGAGGAGGUGGUCGCACCUCCUGCUAUGCCCUAUGUCCCUACCUCGGUCCCCACCCCUCCUCCGCCUUCAGUCUACCCGCCUUCUUCCUCCUCACCCCCCUUGGCUUCCCCUAGUCCUCCUGGUAUUCCAUCUCCCCUUCCACCCUCCAUCCCUCCUGCACCUGCUCCGCCCUCCUCUUCGUCUUCCAUGGCGCCGCCCGUUGGUGGGGGGGGGAUGGAGGUGCCACCGUCUGUGGAGAUCACCGACGGGCAGCGCCUUGAGACUGAGCAGCUGCAGGACGAGAGCAGUAUGGAUGGAGUACAGCAGACAGGGGAGCAGCAGAUUGGGGAGCAGCAGAUAGGGGAGCAGCAGAGUGGGGAGCAGCAGAUAGGGGAGGAGCGGAUUGAGGAGCAGCAGAUGGUGGACCAGCAGCUAGGGGAGCAGCAGACAAGGGAACCGCAGACAGGGGAGCAGGAGAUGUGGGGAAUCAGAGAUGGUGGUCGUGUGUUGGUUUCUGGGACGACCACUGCACCAGUGCGUCGCUCCACUCGCAUCACUCGUGGUGUCCCGCCUGUUCGAUACGCUUGGGCUGUAGUGGUUGAGCCAGCGGGCUUGGAUGACGAGGAGGAGGACGAGGAGUGGACUGACCUGGACCCGGACGUUGCAGCUGAUCCUGAGAGGCAAACCUCGAUCGUCAUCUCCACCACCCAUGUCAUCCUCUCCGCCUCCUUCUCCACCACCUUCCCUCUCAGCCCCAACCUCCCCUCCCUCUCCUUCACCUCCCAUGCCCUCUUCCACCACCCUCCUCCCACCAUCUCCAAAUCUGCCCGCACCAGCCACCUCCCCUCCUCCUCCUUUGUUUUCCAACCUUCCUCUGCCCUCGACGCCGCAAGACUUCCGCCUUCCAUCCCUCUCCUCUCCUUCUUCACCUCGGCAUCCCCCUUGAACAUCUAUUUCUUCACCACCAUCACCUUCAGCUCCUUCCAAUCCUUCACUUUUCUCACUGCUCAAGGUCUUACCCUCUCCUUCUGA